AUGGUCUUCGAUGAGGAGGCCUCCCACGCGCUGGUGCGUUGGGCAGAGGAGAGGGACUUUCACGUGAGUCAGAGACAGCAGAAAACUGCGAUGCCACCACUACGCAAUCAGUCCCUGCUGCAGAGCGGCAUCUGCUCGCACUACGGCGUUCAAUUGUCCACCAUACCCACUGCUCAGUGGUCGGGUCUUCUCGUGCGCCCUAUUGAUCUGCCACCGGAAGAUCCGGGCAGUUACGCAGUCUUGGGGCCCAACUCCAGUGGUCUUUGCGCCUCCAGUCCUGUCCCAGAUUACAUGGCGCAGCACCUGCCCGAGGAGCUGCGUCAGCGGGGCGCCACCUCCUACCUCGAUUACGCCAAGUUUAAGCAUGGCACACGCCUCCGUCUGGUGCAAGAGACCAGGGGUCUUGAUCCCUCCACUCCGCUGGUUACUGCCACGCGCAUCUCACGACAUCGAAAUGCCGCCAAUGUGAUGUCAGGAGUCGGUGUCAGUGGCAAGGAGGUGAUCAAGGAGGAGAGGAUUGCCCAACUCUGCAUAGUUCACCCACUGAACACAUGGCUCUGGCUUACCCUCUGUCUCAUUCCCACCGUCCUUCACCAAGUCUAUCGUUCUCUAUCAAUUGGGGAGCUAGCAAACCACCUUCGCGAGAUACUUUACUCCGACAACCAUGCCCAGUCUGCGCAUCCUCCUCAUCCGACUCCUCUCGACCUUCCCGCUGGCGAAUUCCUUAUGCCCGAUCGCCACUCCGUACAACCCACCUGUAUCCCCUCCAUUCGGAAGUUUCUCGUCCAGGACCAGGACGGUUCGUGUCGCUUCAAAGGCCCCGUUGUUGUCUUCUCUCUCGACUCCGAGACUUCCCUAGAUCGCGCUGUUGAGGACAGGUGCACUUCCAAGGCCCCGGCAGAGGUGCCCUAUACGGUAGGUUUGUACGAGGCCUUCACAUCAGUGAACGCCUUCGAAGCAGUGAACUUGGAGCGACUGGAGUUGUUGGGUGACUCCUUCUUGAAGUUCGCUGCCAGCCUACUUCUCUUCGCCACCUCUCCGGCCCACACGGAUGAAGGUCAGCUGACCUACGCUCGCAUCGCGCACAUCUCCAAUGCAAACCUGCAUCGUAUCUCCAUGAAAUUCGGUCUCUUCCGAUACUUUUGCUCUUGUGUUUUUAAACCCGAGGCGCAGUAUCUCCCGCCUUACUACGCCAUUGCUGAUCCGGCAAGGGCCUGUCAACGUCACGACAUGCGUAUGUUUGUGAAACUCUACGACAAAUCCAUUGCCGACUCCAUGGAAUCCCUCCUAGGUCUGUGCCUCCUGAACCUGGAGGCCCCGAGGGUUGGGCGUCUCUUGAAUCUCUUCAAGCUCUCCAAUGAACCGAAUCCGCUGAGUGUGUUGGUACGGGCGGAGUCGGUGGGGAGGGAGGCCUAUCCCUCUUGGGUGCCGCUACUUCUCAGUCCUGAGCACCGCGUCAUCGAUCCCACUUUUGCGGUGGAAGACGACUCAUUGAUGGCCAAGCGUAAGGCCGAGGUGGAGUCCAUGCUUCUGGCCAGUAUCCCACCUCUUCCUAAGUCUUCGGCUACUGGCGAGACGGCAGCGGCGCCGGAGGCGGUGAAGUCAACGCCGAAAGAAAUCUCUGAGAUGAUGGAGGAAAGGCGCUUGGAAUUGCAGCCACUGGAGGACAUUAUCGGCUACAGGUUCAGGCGGAUCAGGAUCCUCCUCCAAGCCAUAACCCACCCCUCCUCGCGUCUGGCUUUCAUCUGGGGUUGCUACCAAAGGUACUGCUUGGCCCUCCUCUUCACCCCGUUCGCCUUUUGCUUGUGCAGCGUUUGCGUUGUGCCCCAAGGUGCUAUAAAGCCCACGAGUGCAGAAGCAGCUUUACCGUUGGAAUUUCUAGGCGAUGCUAUUCUCGACUUCGUGGUCACUCAGCGCAUCUACAAGGACCACCCCAAUAUGGAUCCGGGCGAAUUGACGGAUCUGCGCAUCUGUCUGGUCUCCAACAUCAACUUGGCCGUUGUGGCUGUUCGAUCUGGCAUUUACAAAUUUUUGGAAUAUUUGGACCCCAACCUGUGGUCCUUCAUCAACAGCUUCUCUGAUGCCGUGUCAAAGGGGGUCUGCAACGUCUGGAAAUUGGAGCACGACUUCAACGAGCGGAAUGAGAUGCUCUCCUACAAGGUGCUGGGAGACAUGCUUGAGGCCAUAAUCGGGGCUGUCUUUGUGGACUCUGGUGGUGUCACUUCAGUCGUCACUGGUGUCAUUUAUCACCUGUUAGGACGAGAAUUCGAGGCCUACGGUAAAGACUUGCCUAUGGACCCAGUACGAAUGAUGCACGAGCUAUACCCGGAUUUGGAAAUCUCGGUCGCGGAAUGCUUGCCAAUGAAUAACGCAAGUGGCAACUCGGAAAAGGCGAAGGCUGAGGCGAAUGCUCAACGGCGUCAACGCGUUCGUGUGUCAGCCAACUACAAGGGUCGCCGAUUGAGUGGGGAGGGCUUCAACCUUCGCACCGCCAAGUUAAAAAUCGCUCAACAGUUGGGCAUUGGAUUUGCCUAA